AUGUCAUACGCUCCCUCAUAUAAGUUGGAUAUUCCAAGCUAUUUGUCCAUUGAAUACCCACUCAGGGUGAAGGAUAUAAGCAAAGCAAUCAAAAUGGUUGGAGGAUCGACAAAAAUUAGCCAAUGCUUCAUUGAUCCCGAGAUGAAACUUCAACUAAAACUCAGACCAGGAGAUCCAUAUUCUCAUCCUGUCAACUCGUCAAAAAUUACCUCAGAUGAAAACGUCUUGUUCAGGUUGAGGAUCCCGAAACGUAUCAUGGACAAACACACGGGGGAUGUACAAUCUGCACUUGAAGAAUGCGAGAAAGAAGGAAAAAAGUACUAUGCUGAAGCAGUUGGAAUGAUCUCUAAGACUUACCGUUUUCGGGCAUUGGCAGACUUCCAAAUGAUAAUGAAGCGGUCGCCAUUUAUGCAGCAGUUCGAGUCAUCGCUGAAUUCAGGGAAUUUGGACCAAAUCAAGCAUCUUUCUGCAUCCAUACAGCAAGAUUUUGCGCAAAAGCAGAAAUACACAAAUACAAACAUGGACUUCCCGCCUUUGGUCCGAUAUGCGAGGGCAGAUGUGCCGUUCAACUACAGGUACAGCGGAAAUUUGCUGCUAGAUGAACGUGGCGAGUGGCAGAACAAGGCUGUGAAGCUACACACAAUAUUUGUUCACUGGGGAGAAAAACCGCCUCGGACAUUUGAUCCUCUUCUUCAGGAGGAGUAUGACAAGGCUGUACGUGACUACACCACAUUAAAAGAUACUGUUCCUGAGAGGUUGGCGAACGAGUCGCCGGUGUUUUAUUUUUUGGAGUGUAUGAAGUUGCUUCGCAAACUGUUUGAAAUGAAGCCGGUUUGGCUCAGAAGACACAUUUAUUGGAUGCUCCCGGAGAAAUUUAGGACCCAGCUACGGUACGCAUUGCCUUAUGUGGCGUACACAACCACAAAGGGACCCUGGAGGCAGUCUUUUAUCAAGUUUGGAUAUGAUCCAUCGAAAAAUCCAGAAGCUGCACUUUUUCAGGUGGAGGCAUUUAGGAGCAACCGAAGUCACGUGAGCGACAGCAAUGUCAAACGGAUGCUGGAUAAGAAGGAGGACGUUUUCAUUAUUCCGGAGACGUUGUACCAGUAUCUUGAUGAUUUUAGCAAUCCAAAAUCCGAGUUGAACGGUAUGAAUAUCGGAAAAGUGCCCAGGCAGUUUUUCUUUGACGGAGAGAAUCCAACGAGUGCCGUUUCAUUCCAGAUCGGUGAUAUCAUGGACAAAGACGUCAAGAAGAUUAUUCGGAGUGCCAAUAUUGAGCAUACUUGUCAUGAGGGGUCCGGAUGGUUUGAUUGGGUGACAAUUUGCCAACUUCGAGCUGUGAUAAAGUACAAGAUGCGUUGCAUUAAUGAGGGGAAGCCGAUUUUGGAAACUAGGGUGGUUGAGCUAUCUCAGAGGACCCAGUUCUCGAAAAACCAGUAUGUUCAUAUUCGUUCCGAUAGUGACAAUGAGGAUGAUAGAGAUGCUUACGGUGAGGAAGAUGAGGAUACUGAUGAGAAUGAGAACGAGGACGAGGAAGUUGAUGAAAAUGGAAAUGGGAAUGAAGGUGGAGAUGAGGAUGAAAAUGAGAACGAGAAUGAAGAAGAAGAAAGCACAAAUACUAAGGGGAAAACCAACCAGGACGGGAAAAAAUGCCAAGGAAAGGAUGAGGAUCUUCUCACCAGACUCGAGAAGUACAAUCCGAAAAGCAGACAUGUGAUUGAAGGUCUCGAGGCAUUGAUAAAGCAGGAAGAUCUAGAGAGCAAUUAA